UUUUGAAACCAAGAUUUUAGCAAAGCAAUGUCUCAAGCCGGCACUUCCCAGUUCCAGGAGGCGAUUAGGCAAGAACUGGAAUUUUCUAUGAAGGUGGAACUGGACAAGAUACUUUCAACUGCACCACAGAAUGAACUAGAGCACACUAAGAAGGACCUGGAAGGUUUCAAGAAGCUAUUCCACAGAUUCUUACAAGAAAAAGGACCUUCUGUGGAUUGGGGGAAGAUCCAGAGACCUCCAGAAGAUUCUAUCCAACCCUAUGAGAAGAUCAAAGCAAGAGGACUUCCCGAUAGCAUCGCUUCCGUUUUGAACAAGCUCGUUGUAGUGAAACUCAAUGGCGGUUUAGGCACCAGUAUGGGGUGUAAAGGCCCACAAAAAAAGUUCCUUAUUGGGGUGCUUGAAUAGAAAACACUCUUCUUAAGGAUCCUCACCGUUCAGCAGAUUGAACAUCUGAAUAAAGGCUACAAUACAGAUGUUCCUCUGGUCCUAAUGAAUUCAUUCAACACUGAUGAAGACACAAAGAAAAUCUUGCAGAAGUACAGCCACAGUCGUGUGAAAAUCUAUACUUUCAAUCAGAGCAGGUAUCCACGAAUUAAUAAAGAGUCUCUGCUACCGAUAGCGAAAGACGUGUCUUAUUCAGGAGAGAACACGGAAGCGUGGUACCCUCCGGGUCAUGGGGACAUCUAUGCAAGUUUCCAUAAUUCCGGAUUGCUGGAUAGGUUUAUCAAUGAAGGAAAGGAAUAUAUUUUUGUGUCUAACAUCGAUAACCUCGGCGCCACCGUGGAUCUCUACAUUCUGAAUCACCUCAUGAAUCCCCCAAACGGGAAACGGUGUGAAUUUGUUAUGGAGGUCACAAACAAAACCAGGGCAGAUGUUAAGGGUGGUACGCUCACACAAUAUGAGAACAAACUGAGGCUGGUGGAAAUAGCUCAAGUGCCAAAACCACACGUCGAUGAAUUCAAGUCCGUUUCUAAAUUCAAAAUAUUCAACACAAACAACUUGUGGAUUUCACUAACUGCGAUUAAGCGGCUGCAGGAGCAAAAUGCGAUUGAUAUGGAGAUUAUUGUUAAUCCGAAGACUUUAGACGGCGGCUUGAAUGUCAUUCAGCUGGAGACGGCCGUCGGUGCCGCAGUCAAAAGCUUUGAGAAUUCUUUGGGGAUAAAUGUACCCCGUAGCCGUUUCCUGCCUGUCAAGACCACCUCUGAUCUUCUCCUCGUGAUGUCUAACCUCUAUAGCCUUAACGCCGGAUCUUUAACAAUGAGCGAGAAACGCGAGUUCCCUACUGUGCCGCUGGUUAAACUGGGAAGCUCUUUCACUAAGGUCCAAGAUUAUCUGAGGAGAUUUGAGAGUAUACCUGAUAUGCUUGAACUGGACCACCUGACAGUUUCAGGAGACGUCACGUUUGGCAAGAACGUUGCGCUAAAGGGCACGGUCAUCAUUAUUGCAAACCACGGAGACAGGAUAGAUAUACCACCAGGAGCAGUUUUGGAGAACAAAAUAGUCUCUGGAAAUCUUCGGAUCUUGGAUCACUGACCGACGAAGAACCCGAUGGCAAUUAAAUGUGUGUGCUCAAAGAAGCCCUCUAUAAUUAGUCACCUACUUCCUGUACCCUCCAGUAUUAUUUCCAAGUAGAUUUUCCUGUAAUUUUUUGGAAGCAGAAAGCCAGUUUCUAAAAACGAUUUAACUCAAAAUUAAUAUAACCGAAAGUGCAAUAUUAUUUGUCUUAAGAAAAGGCAGGCAGCUCUUGCGUAAGAUGUGUAAACCUGCUAACCUACCAUGAGUCUGCUUGUAAACUGAAAAGCUGUGAAGCAAUAUGCCGUUGACUAUUAAUUGCAACUACUUCAUGAAGUGUGAAUGGCGCCCUCCAUUUAAAAAUAAAACCAGACGUUUUGCUACUGAGACAAGCAGACGGUUUAAAUAGUCUAGGACUGGAAUUGUUCGUGACUUUUCCUACCUAUGCUUAACUUUAAGCUUUGCUACUUUGGCAGAGUUCAAUACCUCACGUUUUAUUCUGGUAGCGUCAGUCCUGUCUAUUUACCCAAAGAAAAGACACUUGCGAUGGAAGAGAUGGAAUUGCUACUUCUGUCUUUGCCACCCUUCUUCUCACUUCUCUCUCGUGGCACCUCCACACGCUCCGUCCCGCUUUUAACCUCCGAACGAGUCUCCUCUUCAUGUAACAUUCAUACAAUCAGAUCGUGUGUAGACAAUUAUAUAUGCAAACAUCACAUCUGUACAGGCACUGAAAUAAAUAUCAAGCCCCCUUGUCUGGAAAAAACAGUCUGGGUUUUUACGUGUGGGUGAUUUUGCUAUGACCGCCGGGCUUCCUACCAUUAAAGAAGUUGGUCUCUUAAAACA